AGAGGAGAGCUUGGUGGCGAUGGAAGAGACCUGAGGACCUCUCUGGCCAACGAAUGAGAAUAGCUGCAUUAUCAGAACGCAAGACGCUAGAAGAAUGCAGCUUCGCUGUUCCUGGAAGGACAUCGGCGGCCUACGAGUCUGAAGGCACAGGCAGCAAUGUUGGAGGGGAUGAUGCUCCGAAGGUAUAAAGACUGCCUUUCUUUGCGUAUCUCCUGAUGGCAACCUCGCCUUACCGAGUCAUUUCCUCUUGAACGUAGCCAUGACUCUGCUGUCCUUUGUUGUUGCCUUGCUGCUCUUGCAGUGCGCCGCUGCCUACCCCGAGCUGUUCAACAACCUCGCCUACCGUUCGCCCUCGCUGCGCUUCCCCACCGACAGCGUCCUCGCCCAUGACGUUGGCGCCCUCGCGCGGAGGCAUACGAAGCGUGACGGGAGCACGGCUCGCUAUGAAGGCGGCCUCUACUUCCCUUAUGGUAUCGCCUCUGGUGAUCCCCUAGCAGACAGCGCCAUCCUCUGGACGCAUCCUGUCGUGGCAGGUGGCAACACGAGUCUGCCCGUGUGCCUGCAGUACCAGACGGCAAAGGACGACAAGAUCACGCAGGUGGUCGACACAGGUCUGGCCUGCACAACGUCGGAUGUCGACUACUCGCUCAAGGUCGAGACGAAGAACCUCAAAGCGAAGACGAGGUAUUACUACCGCUUCUCGACGGUGGGCAAGAACAGCACCUCGUCUCCUGUUGGCAGUUUCAAGACGAUGCCUCGCCCGGAUGACGCUACGGUGGAUAAGCUGACGUUAGCCGUGUUCUCCUGCUCGAACUUGCCCUAUGGCUUCUUCAAUGCCUAUCGCAAGGCAUCGGCGAGGACCAACGAGGUCGACUACUUUACCCAUGUUGGCGACUGGAUUUACGAAGGCAAGGCAGUCAAGGGGGCGCUCGAAGAGCGUCAGUUUGAGCCGAGAAUCGAGAUUGCUCACCUCGACGAGUACCGGCAGCGCCAUGCAGCGUACCGUGGCAAGGACGAGAACCUGCGUGCGAUGCUGCAGAACUACGCUGCCCUGACAGUCUGGGACGACCACGAGGUAGCCGACAACACCUACAAGGACGGGAGUGCCGACUCGAACAACACAAAGGCCGGCUACGUUAAUGGUAUUCCAUUUAGCGAGCGCAAGAAGAACGCAGUCAAGGCCUACUACGAGUGGAUGCCCAUCCGCCAAGUCGAUACCACAGACAAGCUUCGCAUCUACCGCCAGUUCCAGUACGGCAAAUUGGCCGACAUCAACAUGGCCGAUACGAGGCAGGAAGACCGAGACAUCACCGACAUCUACUAUAACACGGCUUACGUGAAGAGCAUCAGCAACGACUCGAGCCGUCACAUGAUGAGCAACAAGCAGCGUGACUGGCUCUCGCAGAAGAUUACGUCGUCCAGCGCGACGUGGAAGGUGCUGGCGCAGCAGGUCAUCUUCAACAACCCUCUGACCCCCGGAUCCAAUGGAACGUUCGACGAGAAUUACGAUGCAUGGAGUGGAUACAAGGCCACCCAGCGCCACUUCAUGCAGACCAUUUCCAAGGUCAACAACACCAUCAUCCUCAGCGGCGACUCACACGCAGCCUGGGCGUUCGACACGGUCCCCGUUGAGACCAUGUCCGCGUACGACCCAAAGACCGGCGCGGGUAGCAUUGCAGUUGAAUUUGCCGGCACGGCUGUUUCAUCGACGUCGUCAUACGGCAAGAAUCUGACGACGUCGCAGUACAACGCAAGGGCGCAGCAGCUCGUGCGCAAGAAUGCCAACCUGCAGUUCGCAGAGGGCCAGAAGAGGGGCUACUUUGUCCUCACCCUUCAGCCGCACGAGGCCCGCGCUGACUACUGGGGAGUCGUUGACAACAACGACAGAAACAGCGACGAGGUUCUUGUUGCCACCAUGACGGUCGAGAAGGACCAGAACAGGCUCAAGAGGCCACUCAACGGAGGCAACAAUUCGACCGGUGGCGCCAUCCAAGGCCUCGAGGGCUACACUGGCUGAUGUACCUUGCGCUCUGCAAUUAACAAUGGAUUGAUGCCCAUGGGGCUACGAUCUGUGCCAUGGGCGUUCUGACAUGCAUACUAAAAACUCAAGAGCCCUUUGCAUUUGCACUCGACAUUCACAAGGGCCUCAGUGAUGCUCAUCGCCCAAGACUAGCGCGUCA